GUUAUAUAUAGAGGUGCAAGGAGAGAUGGAAAUGGACUUAUCAGCAAAGUUUCCAAAAACCAUUUUUGAGGGAGAAGGAGGAUCAUACAGCAGUUGGUCAAGUAGUGAAUUUUCUUUGCUUGCUGAGGUCAAAGUUGGUGGUGGUUUGCUUGUUCUUAAGCCUGGAGGAUUUGCUCUUCCCCAUUAUGCUGAUUCCAAGAAGCUAGGUUAUGUUCUUCAAGGUGAACAUGGAUCAGUUGGAUUGACAUUAUCCAAUCAUGAAGCAAAUUCAAAAGAAGAGAUAGUCUUAGGCCUCCAAGCAGGCGAUGUGAUUCCUGUGCCCCUUGGUGCAGUUUCAUGGUGGUACAAUGAUGGAAAUUCAGAUGUGGUCAUAUUAUUUUUGGGUGAAACAUCUACUACCUAUGUUCCUGUUCAGGUACUUUAUGUUGCCAAAGGAAGUGGUAAGGUUCAAAUUGUGGGAAUGAAUGGUAAGCGUGCCCUGGACAGCAACUUGCCUAAUGUUGGAGAAUUAGCUGGUAACAUCAGUGCUGAAUGUGUACGAGUCCACAAUUCUAAAAUCUGCUCUGAAUGUGACUCCAGAGUUUGCAAAUUCUUUCAAGGAAAGAUGGCCGAGAGCGAAAUUCUUAUCCCUCCAAUGAUUAAAAGACUACUUGAUAAGAUUGAGUAUUAUCUCAUGACUAAAGCUUCUAUGUUUAAUUAA